AUGUCCGGACUUUCUGAUCCACAAAAAGAUCUCACAGUCUUGACAUUUCUUGCAUUGUAUAUUCUUGGCGUUUGUAUGCUUGUGUUAUCGGAGUAUGUCCACGAGAUUUACCAGGGACAUUUCGAAGAAGAGACGAAAGAAUGGACAGGCAGAAUUGACAGUGCGCAUGACACGAGUUCUAAUUUGAUCGGUUUGCGCGACUUCCUCGCCGGCAACAGGACUCAUGAACAUCACGAUGAAGACACAUCCUCCUUUUUGUACGAAAAUGAGUGCAUCAGAUACGGAAUGAAAGUUGUUACAGAGCAUUCUCGAUUGGUUGAGUUGACCGAGAGCACCUUCGCCGCAUGCAAGGAAAUGUGCGAAGCCAUCAGACAUUGCGCUGUGUGGACGUUUGGACCAGACGGGUGCAACAUCACGGACAAGGCACGUCUGCAGCUUUCUCCAAAUUUCGAAUACACUUCCGGCAUGAUAAGAGGCCAGAAGGACUAUUUCUGCCCAGAAUAA